UUCUUUUUAUUUAUUAUUUCAUUAAAAAAAAAUUAAUCAGAAAUAACUUUAUUUCCCGCCAAUUUUUAGUGACGCCAUAUUGGCUAGCCUGUCUUGUUCAGUGUCAAAGUGAUUCGAAGUUUGAAAUAGUGUUUCAAAGGUGUUUUACUUUAAAAAGUAAUAGUUUUAAUAUUUAAAAGUGUUUCUUGUAUCAAUAUUUCUAUAUAUUCUAACAUCAUGCCGCAAGAAAUGAAUAUUUUACGCUGUUUUUCGUGUAAAACAUAUCAAGUCCAUAUAAUAAAAAAAGCGAAAAAAUGGCAGUGCAAAAUAUGUAACUUCAAGCAGAUAUUUAAACAGGUUUAUUUUAAAGGCUCAGGAAAAGAUUGUCGUGUUUUUGUUCAAAAAUUAAAUCUUAUGAAAGAACAUGAGGUUGAGAAAAUUGCAGAAUCUUUUGAUGAAUGCAAUAAUAUUAAUGAUAACUACACGAGUACUUAUCCUGAGCAACUAGAAUUAAAAGUUACUGAGAAUAAGUGGGCAAAAUAUUUAGAUUCAACCGAAGAGAUUGAAUCUAAUAUUUUCAAAGCUUCAACUAGUAAAAAUAUUACAUACAAGAAAGAUGAUGAAAUUCAUCUUAAUGAUAAUAUAAUAAAAUCUUCACAAAGUGAAUCUAUAAAAUCAGAUAGCGAUCUUUCUGAUGAAAGUGAUUGUACACAAAAUUUUGUUAAUGAUAAUGAUAAUGAAAAAGGUUAUGAUAAUUUUAUAUCAAAGGAAAUAGAUAAUAGCAAGAAUAAUGAUUUCCAUAGCAAAAAUAUUACAAAAAUUAAAUGUAAAGAAAAUAUUUUUGAUGAUAAUGAAGAUUUUGACAUUUCAAUUGAUUUCUGAAUUCUAUAUAUAUAUAUAUAUUAUUUUUUUUACUUUAAAUCUAAAAAAUUAUUUUAUUAUUCUUAUUAUUAAAAAUUGUUUAUUUUUUACAUAAAAAAAUAAAAUAUCAAUUGAAAUUUGGACAGUAUUUUUUUAUUUAUUUAUUUCACAUGAUUUAAAUACAUUGCUUUAACUUCAAAAUCUUGAAGAUAUUCUCAAGACACUAACUGAGAAUCUAGUACGUAACACAGACAUAUACUUGUAUAAAAAAAAAUAAAAUGCUAAUGGAGAAAAUCUAACCAUACUAUAUAAUGAUAAUUAUAAUUAGUUCUCAUUAAAAAACAACAAAUAUUCAAGUCAAAAACUUCUAAAUUCUUUAUUGAAGCAAAUAUAUAAUGUAAUUUUUUUUUUUUUUUUUUGUAUAUAUUUAUAGUAACAUAUACAUCCAUCAGCAUUCAAUUUUUUUUUCAUUAUAACAGAGACUGUUAGGUGUAGCAAUCACAAAAGUUUUCAUAUUGUUUCUAUUAAGACAGGAAAUUGCACAAAAUGAACAAUGCUAAAAGUAUUUUUUUAAAAUUAUAACUCAUACAGUCUUAACAUUGUGUACUUUUUGAUUAUGUUUUGAAUUAUUUUUUUUUUUUCCUGUCCCUACUCAAACAUCCUAGUG